AUGCUACAGUGGAGGAAGUUCCCAUUCUUUGAUAAAGAGUUGGUGAAGGAUGAAGGCACACAGAGUCCAAACAGUGUCAUUCAAAAACUAUCGAUAUCAUGUAUAACAUCAGGCAGAGGACGACUGAUCAUUGGUGACUCUGAAGGAUUCAUCAACUUCUUUGAUCGCGAGUUCCAUUUGAGCUCGUUUCACGCCUAUCAAGAGACAGUCAGCUUUGCUCAUCAAUUAAAGGAACGUAACUUCCUUAUAACCAUUGGAUUUGACGAGUCUGGCACAUCACCAUUGCUCAAGAUCUGGAACCUCGACAAGCACGACAAGAAUGAAGUGCCACUAUGUGUUCGAUCAAUCAAGAUUGAUGUCCUACGUGAUCAAAAGUACAUGAAUAUUACUACACUCACAUGUUUGGAAGACUUAUCACAGAUUGUUGUUGGAUUGGUGAAUGGAGAGGUGUUGUCAAUGCGAGGCGAUGUGUUUAGAGAUAAGGUGAUCAAACAGAAGACUUUGAAGACACCUGGCGACUCACCAGUGAUGGGAAUGGGCUUUGUGACCAAGGGCACAUCGUCCCCAGUGCUCUUUGUCCAGACACUGACACACGUCUACACGUAUGUGCGCGAUCACGAGGAGGUCAUCGACAAGAUCCGACCAGAGGAGGAGAGUGGCGACAACCUGUCGUUCACAAUGAGUGACGACCAGGUGCCAAUCGUGGCGCGUAAGAAUGCCAUCUACUUUUACAACGUAGAUGGCCGUGGCCCGGCCUUUGGUUUCACGGGCAUCAAGUCCAAGCUGCUGUGGUUCCGUUCGUACCUUGUGGUUGUUGAGGAGCCCGGCUCGCUGAGCGGCGUCGGCUUCCCCAACGCGCUGGGCUCGCCAUCGCUCAACAGCUCGAUUGGACAGAAGCAGACCACCGUCAACAUCUACGACCUCAAGAACAAGUAUCUGGGCUUCACCGACAAGUUUGAAGCUGUGUCGCAUCUCACAAGCGAGUGGGGUUCGAUCUUCAUCUUCACCACGGAUGGCAAGCUGUACCAGCUGGAGGAGAAGGACACGCAGACCAAGCUCGAGACCCUGUUCAAGAAGAACCUGUAUCCCGUGGCUAUCGACCUGGCCAAGUCGCAGCACUACGACAACAGCUCGAUCGCCGACAUUUACCGCAAGUACGGCGACCAUCUAUACACCAAGGGCGACUUUGACAACGCCAUCUCGCAGUACCUGUGUACGAUCGGCAAGCUCGAGCCGAGCUACGUGAUCCGAAAGUUCCUGGACGCCCAGCGUAUCCAUAACCUCACCUCAUACCUGCAGGCGCUGCACGAGAAGAACCUGGCCAACGAGGACCACACCACACUGCUGCUCAACUGUUACACCAAGCUCAAGGACGUCAAGAAGCUGGACCAGUUCAUCAAGACCGACUCUGAGAUGAACUUUGACGUGGAGACCGCCAUCAAGGUGUGUCGACAGGCUGGCUACUAUGAGCACGCGCUCUACCUCGCCCUGAAACAUAAGCAGCACGACUGGUACCUCAAGAUCCUGCUUGAGGAUCUCAAGGACGAUCAGAAGGCUCUUAACUACAUCCAGACACUCUCAUUCGAGGAGGCCGACAAGAACCUGAAGAAGUACGGCAAGAUGUUGGUGAGCAAUGUACCCGAGCCAACGACCAAACUGUUGAUGAAGUUGUGUACAGACUAUCAGCCAAUGCCCGCUGCUGGCUCUUCUUUGUCGACAUCCUCAGCAUUCGGUUCUCACAACAGCAACAACAACAAUGAAUCAGUGUCGUCGCUGACUGGACGCAUGGACGAGCUUAGAUUCAACAACAAGUCUGCGCCAGAGGAGUUCAUUCACAUCUUUGUGUCGCAGCCCGACUGGCUGACCAAGUUCCUCGAGUACAUCAUCCAGCAAGGCAACGAGACACCCCUCAUAUACAACACUCUCCUUGAACUAUACCUGCGUUCCAGUGCCGAGAAGGACAGCCAUCUGCGUCUUGAGAAGGCAUAUGAGUUCCUCACAAGUCCAAAGUCCAAGUUUGAUGAAGACCAUGCACUCAUCUUGGCACAGGUACAUAAUUGGAAGCAGGGUAUAUUGUAUCUUUAUGAGAAGCUAAAGUUGUACAAUGAGAUUAUCGAGUAUCACAUGGAGAAUGAAGACUUUGAUGGAUUGAUCAGAGCGUGCAAGAGAUACAGUGACAAGGAUCCAAACCUCUGGGUACAGGUCCUGUCAUACUUUGCCACCAACAACAAGGAUUGUCAGACAGAGAUUGGUGAAGUGUUGAUGAAUAUUGAUAAGGAUAACUUGAUUCCACCAUUGUUGGUCAUUCAGAUAUUGGCACAGAACAAGGCUACAACAUUGGGAGUCAUCAAGGACUACAUCUCGCGCAAGUUGUCACAAGAGACACAACUCAUUGACAAGGAUUACUCCCUGAUCAAGCAGUUUAGAGACGAGACUGAUAAGAUGAGGAAUGAAAUCAAUGAACUUAGAACAAAAUGUCUGGGUGAGAAUGAGCGUGAAUGUCCUGUCUGUGCACCAGGCAACAAACGACAUUUGGAGAUCAAGCGAUCACAACAAGAGAGUGCAGGACAGCAUGACCAAUUCUUCAAACAAUUGGAGAGUUCAGUCGAUGGUUUCUCAACCGUCAGCGAGUACUUUGGCAGAGGUAUCCUCUCUUGA